AUUGUACCAUAGUAAUCUCGGGAUUUUAACAUAGUCCGCAGGUCACUUAUUAUGAAAUAAAGUUUUAUAGGAAUGUAAAAAAAUCUGAUACAAAACAAAUAUGAUAAAGACAAAAAUUUAACGAUGAAAUUGCAGUUUUUGAUUGUGCUAUUGCACGCUUUAACUUACGACGUUGCAGGCGGUGAGAAAUUAAAUGUAAAUAGUAUACGGCUAGUCAAUGGGACGCAACUAUAUAGUGGGAGAGUAGAAAUCAACAUCAAUGGUGUUUGGGGAACCGUUUGUGAUGACUCAUUUGAUUAUAAUGAUGCAAAUGUCAUGUGUCGAAUGAUCGGUCUUAAAGCUACAAGAUUUGAAUCCGGUGCAUAUUAUGGACCAGGAAUCGGACCGAUAUUUGCUCAAAAUUUUAGGUGUAAUGGUUACGAAACUCAUCUUAAAUAUUGUGAAUUUGUUCCGAAUGUACAAUGUACACACGACAGAGAUAUCAGCAUUAUUUGUACUGAAUGUGGUCAAUUGGAAAUACAUAAUGGAGAUAUGCAGUCGAUAUCAGCAGACGGUAGAAAUAUCGAUAUCAAAUGUAAAGAGGGGUUUCAAUCAAAUGUUACCACAAGUACUUGUGAAAAUGGAACUUGGUCUGUUCCAUCAUUACUGUGUACAGCAGCUGUAACAAACAUCAGGCUAGUUAACGGAAUUGGACUUUAUGAUGGAAGAGUCGAAGUUCUUAUGAAUGGAACUUGGGGAACCAUUUGUGGCACAUCAUUUUCAUUCUAUGAGGCCGGAACAAUCUGCAAAAUACUUUUCGAUACUUGGUCGUACAGAACAUAUUCGUCUAGUUCAAGUUACUAUGGACCAGGAACAGGGCCGGUACAUAUUGACAAUCUGGAUUGUAAAAGAUAUGAAACUAACUUAGAUGCUUGUCAAUACAGCCCAGACGUAAGCCUGUCAUGUGCUGGUCAUAGCCGUGAUAUUUUUGUCGCUUGUGACGUAUUGAGCAUAAAAUCAAUAACAAGUACACGACUGGUAAACGGUACAGGACCUUUUGACGGUCGUAUGGAGCUGUAUGUUGAUGGUAAUUGGGGAACAAUUGACCGGAGGUAUAUUGAUAUGUAUGAUGCACGAACAUUGUGCAAUACACACAACGCAAGCUUAGCAAUGUAUUUCACUUCUGCGAUAUAUGGACAAGGAGCAGGACCAGUAUUAUUACAUGUUCUAAAUUGUAAUGGUGAACGAGAUCAUAUAAGCAGUUGUAGUCGUUCUUCGCCAUAUAGACCUUAUUCUUCACACGCAUACGAUUUAUCUAUAGCGUGUACACCAUGUGGGUUACCUCCUAUUUAUAACGGAGAUCCUAUAUUAUUUAACGGAAGUGAAUUGACUAUGGCAUGUCACAAGGGAUAUCAGCCAGGACAAGUUACAGUAAAGUGUCUCGAUGACAACAGCUGGUCUCAGGAACAAAUAUGCACUCCGACAUUUGAUAACCCACCUGCUCUCGAAGACAUAGCACUUCGUAACGGAUAUUUGCCUACUGAAGGACGUGUUGAGAUAAAAAUAAAUGGCACUUGGGGAACAGUGUGUGACACAGGUUUUGAUUCUGCUGACGCACAAGUUAUAUGUAACAUGUUUGGCUUACAGUAUGAGCGACUGUAUCUCAAAUCGAGUCAUUCUUCCGGAAGAGGAAGUGGUCCAAUUUACGUUAGCAAUAUGACAUGUAAUGGCAACGAAUCUCAUAUCAACGGAUGCAGUUAUGACAUUUCAAAUAUAUGCACACACUAUGAUGAUGUAGCGGUCCGUUGUACAGGCUACCAUUUAAACAUCACUGGUGUCAGACUGGCAGGAACAGAUGGACCAUAUCAUGGUAGAAUAGAGAUAAAGGUUAACGAGACCUGGGGAACUAUCUGUCACAGUGGAUUUGGAUCAAGUGAAGCAAGAUUCAUAUGUCGUUUGCUUGGACUCGAAUAUAGACGGUACUUUUAUAGCGCUUAUUAUGGUCAGGGGAGUGGCCCGAUUUACAUAAACAGAUUGGAUUGUAGUUCAUACUACACGAGUUUCGACCAAUGUCAAUAUUCCAUAGAUAACUUCUACAGUUGUGGUCAUAGUAGCGAUAUGUCAGUUAUGUGUUACGGACCGACAUUAAAUAUAACCGAUGCUAGACUGGUGAAUGGUACAAGUUUAAGCGACGGGCGUGCUGAAAUAAAAGUAAACGAUACAUGGGGCACUAUUUGUGAUACAAAUUUUGACAUUCACGCUGCAGAUUUAUUCUGUAGGCUCAUUGGUCUGAGGGCAGCCCAGUAUUUUACAGGAGCUUUUUAUGGAGAAGGCAGUGGUCCUGUGUUUAUUGAUCAACUUUUCUGCGAAAGCUACGAUUAUACUCUGAGUGACUGUCAAUAUUUGUUUUUGAAUGAAUGUAGCCAUGCUAAAGAUAUCUCAAUCGUUUGCAACGAAUGUGGACAGCCAGAUAUCUUUUUCUGGGGUGUUGAUUUUUUCACUUAUAAUGACACGAAUUUGUUUGCGGAUUGCUCAUACUAUAAGACUUACGUUGGGAAGCUAAAACUGACCUGUAAUAAUCAAACACAAGAGUGGAUAACAGAAGGGGAGUGUCAAGAAUACAAAUUUCCGCUGGAUAUCACUGGUGUACGGCUGGUUGACGGACCAAAUACAACAGCUGGUAGAGUCGAAAUAAGGUCUUUAGAUACAUGGGGAACGAUAUGUGAUGAUGCUUUCGGAAUAAAGGAAGCCCACGUUAUAUGUCGAAUGCUAGGAUACGCGCCAGCUAUGGGAUAUUUUGCAAGCUCACAUUUUGGAGCAGGCAAAGGGCCAAUAUUUAUUGACGAUCUAAGUUGUCAGGAAGACGCCGAACAUUUAAACAAUUGCACGUACGAAACAUAUGAUAAUUGUAACCAUGAUGACGAUAUAGCUGUUGUAUGCACAGAUUGUGGUGAUCCAACACCAAUCAAUGGCUUUAUUAACUCGUCAAAGACUAAUUAUGGUGCUGCAGUCCAUGUUUCUUGUGAUAAAAGUUACAUGCUGGAUGGUUACAGUGAUAUCAUAUGUCAGAUAAAUGGAGAGUGGACUAAUAAACCAAGCUGUAAAUUAAUUGAUUGCGGUGAUCCAACACCUGACAAUGGGAAAGUUAACACGACAGAAACUACAAACGGAACAGUUGCUCUGAUAUCAUGUGACAAUGGUUAUACAUUAUCAGGUCAAGCAGUUAUAUCAUGUCAGUCAAAUGGAACUUGGACACAAAACCCAGCCUGUGACAUCGUUGAUUGUAAAGUACCAAAGCCAAAUAAUGCCAAUGUGACAUUAAUUGGAAACAGAACUACAUUUGGUGAAUCAGCGAGUAUAAGUUGUUGGACAGGUUAUAACCCAAAGGUUAAUUCCAACGUUAUGUGUCUAUUCAAUGGCACAUGGGAAAAGUGGGCCGAGUGCGAAAUUGUAGAUUGUGGUAAUCCUGUUCCUGACAAGGGCUCUGCAAAUAGUACAAAUACAACAUAUAAUACAGUGUUAGAGAUAACAUGUGAGUCUGGAUAUAACCUUACAGGAUCAUCAGUCAUCAAAUGCCAAGAAAAUGAAACAUGGACAGAUUAUCCAGUAUGCGAUACAUCAGAUUGUGGACAGUUCGCAGUAGUGAAUGGUGAAGUGAACACAUCACUUGGUACAAGUAUUGGAUCAUUGGCUACUGUCAAGUGUGAUGAUGGUUAUGAUUUACAAGGUUCUUCAGAAAUUAUUUGUACAACAACUGGAUGGAACGAAACAGUAUCAUGUCAAAUACAAGUAUGCGAUGAUCCUUCCCCGGACAACGGAAAAAUAACUGACACUGAUGGAGAGGACGAGUUUGUUUUUGGCAAUUAUGUAAAGAUAGAAUGUAAGACCGGGUACAACAUAGAAGGUGACAGUGUUAUCACGUGUAUACACGGAGGGAAUUGGAGUGCAUCGCCGAAAUGCCAUUUAAUUGGUAAAUUUUUGUUUACCAAAUGUUGUAAUGUUCAGAAAAUGCUAGUUAUCGAGUCAAAUAUUUGUUAA